AUGUCACAGAGCAAGCUCGAUACUCCACUCGAUAACCAGCAGGGGGCGCAGAGCCGGCGUCCGCUCCAACUUUGGGCAGUUGACGUCUCAGAAUGGCCAGCGACUCAGUCGUCGAAGGGAGCCUUGCAGCCGUUGCUCAAUGAAUUCUUCGAGCCGCAUGAGGGGCAGGCAGCUUCAUCUACUUCAAGCCAGAAAGAGAGAGACAUCCACCAGCGAGUUCUCAGAUACGUGCGCGAGAUCGAUCGGACGAGAUCACUCGCUGCUCUCCUGCUGCCUCGCAUCGCCAUCGUGCAACUUCUCAAUGACGCGUCUUUGACGUCGCAGACCAGCACAGCUCUGGCGCCUACAGCGUGGCACGACCUCUGCUUCGACCGUACGCGAGAAGGGCGUCCCUUCCUCACCCACCCAUCACUCGGCCUCGACUUCAACAUCUCUCACGACGGAGACUGGGUCGUCAUGGCUUUGUACAUCGAUCUGUCAUCUUCAAUAUCAACGGCGACGCAGAGCAACCCGAGCAGCGAGCCCAUUACUCCACCCGCUGCUUCUCCCUCCCCUCACACCCGCGUCGGCAUAGACGUAAUGUCCCUCCACCUCCCACACUUCGAGUCCUCCCCCUCUUCCUUCCUCGACACGAUGCAGGACAGUGUCACCCCCGCUGAGGAGGGAUGGGUGCGCUCCGCUCUUCACGCGGGACAAAGUGAAGAGGGACUGGAACGGCUAUGGGAUCUGUGGACGCACAAGGAGGCUUUGACCAAGAAUCUGGGGCUUGGUUUGGGAUUCGAUUUUAAGCGGGUGGAGCUCGCGUUGUGGGAGUGCAAGCCGCAAGACAGGCGGGAGAGGAGGGGCAAAUGCGAGGAAGUAUUACGCAUGGAUGGACGGAAGGCAGACCAGUACGUCUUCACGGAGGUGAGCUUGCCGGCUGGUAAGGGGAAUGGGAGUUUGGAGCAGAGGAAACGAGGUUCGAAGCUGGUCGUUUGUCAAGGGCCAUUCGCUGCGCCUCAGGGAGGAGGAGACCAGAUUGCCCCCAGCAUUGCGCACAAGCAGGCUGAGGAGGAGGGCUGGCUCAGGAUCUGGACCAUGCAGGAACUCGUUGACGAGGCAAAGAGGCUAGCGACCGCUAGAUGA